CACAUACACAAUCCAAAUCAUGACAGCUGACGUUUUAAGCUGUCAAAUCGAAUUUUUAUUUAAAUGGGUUGUUAAUUUGUAUUCAUUUUCAAAUUGUGAAAUCAAGCAAAAGGAUCUUUAUAGGUAGUUAUCAAAAACAUAAUAAGUACGUAAAAAUGGGAGAAAACGAAUUCGGUCUAACAACAGCUCAAGCUCUGCAUAACCUACAAAACGACAUCACAAUGUUGUUAAUUCAAUUUAAAUUAUCGCAAAAGGCGCGAAACACCAAAUCAUGGCUGCGAGACACCUUCCAUCACAAUAGUCAUUACACAACAAUUAAUUGGGUUUCUAUCUUCAUCAUUGUCCUUGUUUGCCUUGUAUUAAUUGGUUUUGCAAACUAUUGGCUAACGUUUUUUAUCACAAUUUUAUUAGGUGCGAAUAUCUUGUUGGAAAUGUUGCAUAAUAAACAAAGACAUGAUGAAAUUCCUCGACGAAUUUCACAGAUUCUAGCAAAGUUAAAGAAUGAUGCUAAAUACAUUUCGUGGGAACUUGACAAUUACCCACAUUUGCUUUUACCAUACUCUCCUUGCAUUACAUUGCAGUGGACGUAUAGAGACGGCAAGCUUGUGAAUUUGCCUUGGGCUUUGUUGGUAAAAGACGAUAUUGUAUUAAUACGCCCAGGCCAAAUCAGUCCAGGCUAUUGUGAAUCUCUCGAUAAGUGCCUCGAGUACCCUCUCUUACACGCGAAAGAAGUGUACGGUCCGAGUUUGCAGAAUGCUAAUGAGUUUUUUAGUACACCCAAGUCUAGAAAGCCUCUCGAAAAUAGGCAAUAUCGACUUUUGGAGACGCCCUACUUGAAUAACUUGAAAAUCACUUUGGAGCAGUCUUUAGAUCGGCCUAUCACCAUACAAAAUCAGCAGCGUCAUUUUAUAACUAUUAGAAUCGUAGAACGUUUCAUUCUUCCAUGUGUACUAAUCUUAAGUUUAGUCGCCGGUGUUAUCAAGUAUUAUUUUAUGGAAGUAUUCCGCGAUGAAGUCUGGUACGAAUUAUUUUUAUUCGUGCCCGUUCCGCUCAUUAUACCGUUGAUUCCGCUCGUUUUUCCACUUGCUUGGAAUUUUCUUAACAUAUACGGGAUAGCCAGAUUUAAGAGUGUAUUCGAUCAAACUCUGACCUUACAACCAAAUGAUAGCUUCAAUGAGCACGGUGAAGUUGAUAAUUUUAAUUAUAAAUCUAUCUAUAAAGAUAUCUGGACAAAUUUCUUUAAGAUACUCGACGGUAAGGAUGGCAUGUUGGUGCAUACUGCGAAUAUAUUGCACGUUAUGGGAUCUCUGACGGCACUCUGCUGUGUGGAUAAAAAAGGCAUUUUGUCAUGGCCGAAUCCCACUACUGAGAAAGUAUUUUUUCUUCAUAAUAGUGAGAGCAUUUCUCAGGCAUCAAGUUUGGCAAAUUUAGGUGAUUUAAGUACAGACGCAGAUAGUUUGCACGGAACUAGUGAUAGCCUACAAAAUAAUGACAAUAUUGUGACCACUGUAGCGGAAGUGUUAGAUUUGACACACGAUCAAAAUCAUCCGUUUAAGAUACACUUUGAUGACACCGCAUGGCAGAAACAUUUAAAUUCCCUCAAGCCAUUGGGACUUGCUAUCCUGUUAAAUACUUGCAAUGUAAACACUCAGGAAUACUAUACGAAAUUUUGCUCACACAUUACAUGCGAAGCAAUGUACAAUGAAAACCUGAUACCUGUCACGAACAGAAGAUGUUUAUGCGAAUUGGCGCGAGAAAUUGGAUUCGUUGACGAGGCGCAAAAAAUUUUUGCACUAGAACAGCAGCUCUCCAGCUUUCGUCAUCUGCAAAACGAAACCGCGAGGCGCGAUAAUAAAUUCGCUCGAUCCUUAAAUUUAUCGACGAAGCUAAAGUUUCAAUUUCCCCACAUGUUUGCCGUUGUGAUUAAGGAGCUUAAUAGCGGAUCUAUGCAGCUGCUGUCGCAGGGUACGGCCGACAUGGUUCUCGAUUCUUGCAUCGAUUACUGGGACGGGCACGAUCUGUGUCCUCUUACAAGUUCGGAACGAAAGAAAAUUCAAGAUUUUUAUCAGCGUUGUAGUUUAACCGCCUACUGUACAGCUUUUGCGUACAGACCCUUGCACAAGAAGGUAAAUGAAAAAUUGAGCCGGAUGUACCUAGAAUUACCGAGCGACAGUCAACAUUUGUAUUUAAAUAAUCACAGCCCGACUUUGAUUCAUUGCGACUGUAGGACAGUGUUAGAGCCGCGGAUUAAGCCCCCUCUCGGCCAGUUUUUUAGCACAGAUUCACUACUUUAUAAUGACAGCCCUGGUUCGGAUGCUUCCGACACGGAUAGUUGUUUUGAGUUACAAUGCAAUCAAGUUUUCAUUGGGAUGGUGACUAUGCAGUAUCAAGUUCUUCAUGACAUGGUUCAGCUUAUUGAACAAUUAGAAGGAGCGUGUAUUCGGUUUGUGCACUUCAGUAAAGAGAACGAAUUACGCUCGCGUGUAUUUAGCGAAAAGAUGGGAUUGGAGAGCGGAUGGAAUUGCCACAUAUCCUUGCUUAGUGAAAGAAGCAGGAGAGAAAGUGGACCUACAGAGUGUUGGGCUAAUAAUGGAACCGUACGCGUUUGUUCGCCAGCCGAUUUACCACGGCGUGUAGGUUAUCUUAGAAAUCGUAAAGCAAACUCUCCAACAACUGAAGAAAGGCUAAUGCGUGAUACUGAUAGUACGCUCGAUUCAACGAAAGCGCUAAGCUACUCGGCACCUAGCGCCAUUAAUAUUGAGCAGUCGGUCGUUAAGUUUGACAUCGAAAAUCAAACGUUAAAGACCCACGUCUAUGACAACAAUAUUGAAUACAAAGACGACGUCGAGGCCAACUGUCCGUCGCACGAAUGGCAAUCUCUUAGUUGUCUGACCGAUAGCACUGAGCAAAGUGCUCCGAUUAAUUUCGACUUAAGCAAUCGCGCGAAUUUACCGCGGGGUAUCGACAAAAUUCGGCCUCACAUCGAAAACAUAGACAACGUUCCUUUGUUAGUAUCUCUAUUCACCGACUGCACCUCCUCGAAUACUAAGGAAAUGCUUCGCAUAAUGCAGGAUUACGGCGAGGUAAUUUGCGUUAUGGGCUCAUCUGCAAAUUAUGACAGCGUUGGCCUGUUCAUGCAAGCCGACGCCAGCGUUGCAGUUGAACCUUUAUAUCCGCAGUUGUGCCAAAAGGUACCUUCGUAUGCCCCAGUUAAGAACGGUUCAAUUUCGCCCGUCGAUCUAUCACGAACUCUGAAUUCUGUUGCUUGCUCUCUGUCGAUUAGACGCGAGGAUCAUCUUUCAAUUAUUUACCUGAUUGUUGAAGCACGCCACUAUAUGGCAUUAAUGUGGAAUACAGUACAAUUUUGGCUGUGUGCAUGCCUAUCACUGAGUGCAAUGCAGUUGGUCGCUAUGCUAGUAACUCUUCCUCCUCUUCUAACGUCGGGCCAAGUAGUAUGGGUGACCGUUUUUCUAAUACCACCUCUGUGCAUUUCUCUAAUGGGGUCGAUCAUCGACAAAGAAAUGAUGAAAAAGCCCCAGGGAAAGAAGCAAAUCUGUAUCAAUUUUGAGGUGGCGGUUUAUAUUUUAUGGUGCUACUGCGCGCGGUUUGUUCUGAUGGUUAUAAUAGUAGUAGGUUUGUAUGCAGGCUGCUUGACUAGCUUCUGCUAUGACAUUUGCGAAGUGCGAAACUGUACUUGUGCGUAUUUUUACUUUCCAACCUACAAGAGCGGCGAGAAAACUGAGUGGUAUGAUUACACUCCAAAUAUUUCGACAACUCAGGAUUUCUGCCUGGUCUUAAUUGCGCUUCAUUUGUUUGCAAUUUCCGUAAGCUUUGUGCAUCGACACUACUCAAUUUGGAGUAAAAGUCCGCACAAAAACCACACCUGGAUGCGUGUACUUAUAUUGCUGUCGAUACUGCAAGCAAUUUUUUCCUACUUUAGCUUUGUUUCGUCAGUUUCGGAUCACCAAAAUUACCGUGAUUUUACUAAAAUACCUUUGGCGAUUUUAAUAUUUGGAUUUUUAUCACCUUUACUUUCGUUGGCAGUGAAUGAAAUAAUUAAACGGGAAGAAAUUAAAGCCAAUUUGAGGCAUCAAAGGAGAGUUCGUUUAGACUUUGGCACUAAACUGGGUAUGAAUUCGCCGUUUUAAGAAUAUGUGUUCCUUUGGUUCCUAAACGUCCUGUCUGGGACGCUAACUCAAAUACUAUAAUAUUACUGAACUUACCAAGAACAAUACAGACAUUUUUGUUUUUGUGUAAAAUAGCAUGAUUGAACUGUAAUAGCUAAUACAUACUUAUCAUCUUAUUUUCAAACACACACUGAUACUCGUUACACCACAUUUAACAAAUGGUCAUAUGAUGACGAAUAAGUGUUUACAAAGGUCUGUAUAUUUCCAAAUACACCAAAUGAAAUUUGUUCAAACUCAUGACAAGGCAUGUCCUUGGUUUUGAACCAUAUAAAAAAUUUGUUGAAUUUACAAUCGCUACUACAGCAAAUUGUUAAUUAUUUUUAUAUUAAAUAAAAGACUGAGCAAUUCAAAACUUUA